UUUUCGAUGACUGAUGAAAUGUAAAUGUUUCUUCUUUAUUUAUUUUUAUCCAGUGAAAAUAGUAGUUCCAAGGGAAAAUCAUACUUCUUUAAAAAUUGUUUAUUAUAUUUUAAUAGCACAAUAAAAGCAAAAGUAAUUGAGUUUUAACAAGUGAGAUGAGUUUGCAAAUGGAGAGUCCAUUAACGGACAGCAAAAUGGAUAUAUCAGACGCAACAACUUCACAAGGCUCAGCAGGUAUAUCGCCACUGGGAGAAGAUGAUGAUCCUGAUGCCUCACAAUCGCCAACUCACAGCAAUCACAAUAUACACCAAGUACUCAUAAAGGAUACAAGUGUUGUAUUGAAUAGCACAAUGAAGGAGGUGAAUGUUGAAUUGGUAAAUGAAGUUACAUCGAAUCUGGAUAACAGAUUGGUACGACCAGACGCGUUAUCGUUGGAGCUAAUACCACAGCGACAAAAUAUUGCACGUACCAUUACUGAGAGUCAUCCAUUAAUGUCGCCCACGUGCUCCGAGAAUGAACACAGCUCGGCGAAUUCGGUGACGAUGAAUAAUGAUCUGAAGCGCAACAAUUUCCCCGAUGUGGUGCCGCAAUACGAACAUGUGCAGUCACCUCUGCAGGCUAGCACAAUAAUUGAACGAAAUGCUUUAAAUAAUACACGUGGUAUUGCUAACGCACCUGCUCCAGCGCACAAUAAGCUAGCUUAUUUACGUGCCCAUAGUCCUGAUCUCUUGAGCAGCGAAUCUGAAGCAGACGUAUCACAGUAUCACGCUACAGUUGAGGCCAACUUUCAAACGGUGGCACUCUUACCCACUGUGGGUAAUGAAUUACAUAAAAAUGCUCGUCGUAUUAGAAAAUCCAAUACAAAUGGUGGUAACGGUGGUGAUGACAUCUCAUCACUGGAUUCAAUUUCAAAUCACAGUUUUGACGAUGAUGAGGACAUUGAACAUAAUUUGGCUUCAUUAAGCCCAUCGAGUUCAUUAAUUGACGGUUUAGAUGAUGAUAGUGACGAUGGUGGGGUCGCUGGAUGUAUAGAUGAUGAAGACGAUUAUCCCGAAGCAGUUACACCAACACCACAUUUACAAUCGAUGGCGUUAACGAGCAACAUAGAAGGUGCAUCCGACCAAUUGCCGCAAUAUUCGGCAGCUGAAGAGAGACGUGACUCAAGAAAUUGGCAAAAGAUCACAUUACCCGAUGGUCGCACUAGAGAAAUUGAUAUGCGCGUAAUCGAGCCAUAUAAACGUGUGCUCUCACAUGGUGGUUACUUGCAGGCUGGCGGCCACAAUGCUAUUGUCAUUUUUUGUGCCUGCCAUUUGCCGGAUCGUUCACGUGCCGAUUAUAACUACGUAAUGGAUAAUCUAUUUCUGUAUGUGGUUAAAACAUUGGAACAAUUAGUAACAGAGGACUAUGUGCUUAUCUAUUUGCAUGGUGGCACUAGUCGACGCAAUGUGCCGCCAUUUCCAUGGUUAAAAAAAUGCUAUCAACUUCUAGAUCGCCGUUUAAGAAAAAGUCUGAAAAACAUGUAUUUAGUACAUCCAACAUUCUGGAUUAAAUCUAUAGUAUGGAUGACUCGUCCAUUUGUUAGCGCAAAGUUCUGGCGCAAACUGGUGUAUGUGAAAUCUUUGGAUGAACUCGCCAAGCACGUGAUUGUGGAGAAAGCUGCCAUACCGGAGAAGGUCAAACAGUAUGAUGCGCGACAUAACUAAAAAAAAGUGCUUACACUUGGCUUGCAUUCCCGCCAAGGCUAUGUACUUGGCUGGCAAAUCACAAUUAGUGCAAUAGGCAAAAAAUUCAAAAGCAGAAAAAGAACACAGCGAAGUUUUUACGCACCUCUUGCGUUAGUUGAUGCAUUCCUUAUGCGCCUUUUUAAAUAUUUUGAAAUUAUUUUCCAUUGAUCUGUAUCUGGCAUACAGUUUUUAUUAUUUAUAUUUACGCACUUCUCGCGCUAUGAACUAAAACUCUUUCACUCCAUUACUCGCAUACAGCGAUAGGUUUUUCUUUUAAUUGUUUUCUUGUAACGUUCGGGAUCUCAAAUUUGUUUACUAUAUGUAGUAUUGUGAUAUUUUCGCAUUUAUUCGCUUUGCUCUUCUCAUUUCACAUACUUUAGAGAUGAUACUCUCAUAAAUGAAAAGCAAUAAUUAUUGCACUCGGUAGGAUAGUAUAAAUUGUAUGUGUAUGUAUAUGUAAGUGUAUCGACUCGUUUACAAAGGCUUAUGUUAAUAUUCUAUAAAAAAUGUGUUUACCGUUAAGGAGAAUGAAAGAUUUAACUACAUGAAAGAAAUUAUUCAUAAAUAAUCAUAUAUGUAGGUAAAAAAAUAUGUACAUCGAAUAUUUUGUAGACUUGUAUGUAACUGUACUGAACAAAAAGUAAGUACCCAAAGUCCGUGCACCGAUAAUUUGUUUUGGUGCCAAGCUGUAUGAUGAAAAGCCGGCUGAAAGUUAUUAUGUACGUACCUUGUGGCUUUUGGUUUUUGUAGCAUAAAUAAUGUAAAUCAUACCAAUAUGUAACAUUUUACAUAUGCACGUCCAAUGAUGUGCUAACGCUUAUGUAUUUUCAUAUGUAUAAUAUAUGCAUUGAUUUGUUACCAUGCUUUUCCUACAUACCUACAUAUCGUACGCUAAUUGCAAAGAUGUCGAAGAAGUUAUACGAAAAGCUAAAAAUGGAUACAUGAAUGUAAUAAAUAAUUCGUGUACUUUCUGCACUAACAUUUAAGUUCGAAAAUUAUAACUUAAUUUCAUUGAUUCUCAAUUGUCCUUUAUAAUUUUAUAUACUUACAUUUAUAGAAUGAUUUCAUUAAUAAUGAUCAAAAAAUAUUUAUAAUUUUCUAAUCAUUAAAAAUUAAGAAUUUUUUUAUAUUAAUUUAUUUAGGUUUGCAAAAAUGCACAAAUUCAACUUUUUUUUGUAAUUUCGUUAAUUUUAAUUAAAAAUAAUUUUUAAUCCUGAAAAUCAGAUUAAACAUAUAUUUUUAUGUUUUAUCCCUAAAUACCGAAAUAAAUAAAUAAAUUGUGUGCCCAAGGUUAUAAUUAAAAAACAUAUUGUUUUAGAAUUUACAUUUUCUGGCGAUUGUGUACUUCGUGUUCUACCAUCUUAAUAAUUUUUUCAAAAGUAAAGUUUAUUUUUUAUAAAAUGUCCAUAAUAUAGUUCACAGUUUUUCACAAAAUCUAUGUUCGUAAGUUUCAUUAAAUCAUAAUUCAUGAUUAAAUUAAUUCUCAAUAUUAUAUUUCCUUCAUAUAUUCUAUAUUAACCUAUUUAUAGGUUCAUUUGUAAGCACGAUUAGACAAAAUAUUGAUUAUCUUAUAAGAUAAAGAAUUUCGAGAUUUUUUUCUUUGAUUAAUUUCUCAAAUAUUUUAAUGUGAUUUGUUUUUGAACUUAAAUUGAAUUAAAAAUUGCUUAUCUAAUUUGCACUCAAGUCUAACAAAUCCUUAGUUGACGAUUAACAUUAUUUACUUUAAUUAUUAAUACGUUCGUUUUCUACAACAAAAAAAAACAAAA